AUAAUCCACGAUUAUCCAAUAUGAUUUGGCGCUUCCUAAUAUCAUCUUCAGCCAUACUUUCAUGACCUUCUAUCUAAUUGGCUUUAUGGGUAUGUGUAAUUGGCCUUCUGUGUAGCAGGAGCUAGAAUCGGCCUUGUGGGUAGACUUGAGAACUCCCCAGCUGUCAUCUUUUAUCAUCAAGGUUUUUUUGGCCUACUGUUUGACGUAAUCUCCAGCACAAGUUGCUGAUUGAUAACGUUCUUUAUUGAGUAAAAUCUUUUAAUAAUCGUGGUAUUUAGCAGAAUCUUAUUCUUUAGGUUAGUGUUUGUUGGAUCUUGGAGAAUCUUUUCUGAAAUUUGAUAAUUGGAGAUUUUCUCUUCCUUCAUCUACUUUUUUGCCCCAACUUGUGGGAUUUGAAUUGGUGAGAUUGGGACAUGUGGGGAAGAUGUCCCUCUGUUAGAUUGAGAUUGGAUGCCUUAUGGAGGACAAAUUGACAUAGAAGUUUAAUGUCCAGAUAAGAUCUUCGUUGGUCUCAUAUCUGCUUGCAAAGUCUAUUCGGCAGUGAUUUGAUUUUCAGUGCUACAUAUCUAUAUUUUUUUUCUCGCACAAUGUCAGAUUCAACGUUCAGUAGCCAGCGGCUGAGCUAUCCAUUUUAAUAUGCUUUCAGCUCGUGGCGAUAUCAAAAUGGAUCUCUGAGUGAAACUUGUGCCUGUUGCUGGGUGACAGAAAACUUGUGGACAAGCUGCUCAGAGAAUUAUGUUAUUUAAAGCUUUGGUUUGCCAUGAGAAUCUUGAUUAGCCAAUAUGGGAUGUAACAGGACUAUAGUCUGGUUUAGGAGGGACCUAAGGAUUGAGGAUAAUCCUGCAUUAGCUGCCGCUGCCAGGGAGGGUUCUGUUCUUCCUGUCUAUAUAUGGUGCCCUACGGAGGAAGGACAGUUUUAUCCAGGUCGAGUGUCAAGAUGGUGGCUGAAACAUUCACUUGCCCACCUAAGUCAGUCGCUUAAAUCUCUUGGAGCUGAACUUGUGCUGAUCAAGACCGACAGUACUCUUGCGGCUCUUUUGGAGUGUAUAAAUGCUAUUCAAGCAACAAAAGUAGUAUUUAAUCAUCUCUACGAUCCUGUUUCACUUGUCCGCGAUCACAAUAUCAAAGAAAAACUAGUGGAACUUGGUCUAUCUGUGCAAAGCUACAAUGGGGAUUUGUUGUAUGAACCAUGGGAGAUAUAUGAUGAGAUGGGUCAUGCUUUUACAACCUUUGAACCUUUUUGGAACAGAUGCUUAUGCAAGCAAGUAGCAGCUGCUUCGCUUAUUCCACCUUGGCAAUUAAUUCCAGCUGAAGGAACAGUUAAGAAAUGUUCAGUUGAGGAACUAGAACUUGAAGACGAAUCAGAAAAGUCCAGCAAUGCAUUAUUAGGGAGAGCAUGGUCUCCAGGUUGGAGCAAUGCUGACAAGGCUUUAACUGAAUUUGUUGAACAUCACCUACUUGACUACUCAAAGAAUAGGCUUAAGGUUGGUGGAGACUCCACUUCGCUCCUGUCUCCAUAUCUUCAUUUUGGAGAAUUGAGUGCAAGGAAAGUAUUUCAACUCGCACGCAUGAAGCAGAUAUUAUGGGCAAACGAAAGAAACAUUGCUGGUGAACAGAGUGUUACACUUUUCCUCAGGGCCCUUGGACUUAGAGAGUACUCACGUUAUCUUUGUUUUAAUUUCCCAUUCACUCAUGAGAGACCAUUGCUUGGGAACUUGAGGUUUUUUCCUUGGAAUUCUGAUCUGGCCAAUUUUAAGGCUUGGAGACAGGGCAGGACUGGCUACCCUUUAGUUGAUGCAGGAAUGAGAGAACUCUGGGCAACAGGAUGGAUACACAAUAGAAUACGAGUGAUAGUUUCUAGUUUUGCCGUGAAGUUUCUGCUUCUUCCCUGGAGAUGGGGAAUGAAAUAUUUCUGGGACACACUUUUGGAUGCAGACCUUGAAUGUGAUAUCCUGGGCUGGCAGUAUAUCUCUGGGAGCUUACCAGAUGGUCAUGAGCUUGAGCGCAUGGACAAUCCAGAGAUUCAGGGAGUUAAAUUUGAUCCAGAAGGCGAAUAUGUAAGGCACUGGCUGCCUGAGUUGGCAAGAAUGCCAACUGAAUGGAUCCAUCAUCCUUGGGAUGCGCCACUUAUUGUGCUCAGAGCAGCAGGUGUAGAGUUGGGCCUAAAUUAUCCAAAACCAAUAAUCGAGGUUGAUUUGGCCAGACAACGGCUGACAGAAGCAAUAUUCAAGAUGUGGGAAACUGAGGCAGGGAGCUCAGGUGAGACAAGUGAAGUAGUUGUUGACAACACCAAUGGUGUUCAAAACUCGGCCAUUCCGAAAGUUGUCUUGAAGGAGAAGACUCUAUGUGCUGCUACUUCAUCAAAUGAUCAGAAGGUGCCAACCCUACAGAAUCCCAAGAAUGUUGUUUCUCUUGAUAAGAAAAGAUCAAAAGGCAGGGAAGAAGGGGGAGAAAACCAUAAUGGUUUAUGCAAUCAUAAAAAUGGCACAGAGGUAUCCAGCAUUGAUCAAGAGAUGUGCUCGACGGGUGAAUCUUCUUCCAGUAAGAGGCAGAAGAGUACUUCUUGUGCCAGUACGUAUGCAUUUUCUGUUCCCCAACAGUGUUCCUCAUCUUCUGAAUUGAAGCGAUCAUGGCAAGAACAGAUUGACAUGGAGCAGAGUUCAAGUAAAGAUGGAACCAUCGGAGGUUAAUGCUUUUCACAUAAAUUUCACUAGAAGCUUCAUGGCGGACUGGGAGAGAAUCAUCUUUUUCUGUAUUCAAGUGCUGCAGUGCAGCAGUAUGUUCUGUCGGAUAACAUCAAGUUUUGUGUUUCGAUUGUGUAUAUUCUGAAGUUGACGUGUGUAUAUAUAUACAUGUAAGUAUAUUCAUAGGUUAGGGGUUAGAUCUUGAGAUCAAAAAACCCAAAAGACCUAUGAAAUAUCUAUGCUAUGAAGAAAGAACUGUGUUAAGUACAUAUAUUCUAAUGCCACGGCUGUAUUGGAAGUUUAAACAUA